AUGUGUGACAGUAACUUUGAGGAUGGAGCGAUCGAAUUCCACGAAUUCAUUCGAGCCUUGUCCAUAACGUCACGGGGGAAUCUUGAUGAAAAAUUACAUUGGGCAUUCAAGUUGUAUGAUCUCGAUAAUGACGGUUUUAUCACACGUGAUGAGAUGCUUUCAAUUGUUGAUUCCAUAUAUAAAAUGGGCUUCCAAAAGAUCUACAAACAAUUCUUUCCACAAGGGGAUCCAUCGGAUUUUGCCUCGUUCGUUUUCAAGGUAUUCGACGAGAAUAAGGAUGGAGCGAUCGAAUUCCACGAAUUCAUUCGAGCCUUGUCCAUAACGUCACGGGGGAAUCUUGAUGAAAAAUUACAUUGGGCAUUCAAGUUGUAUGAUCUCGAUAAUGACGGUUUUAUCACACGUGAUGAGAUGCUUUCAAUUGUUGAUUCCAUAUAUAAAAUGGUUGGAUCAAGUGUGAAAAUCCCGGAUGAAGAGAGCACACCUGAAAAACGUGUCGAUCGGAUAUUCCGGAUGAUGGACAAGAAUAAUGAUGCCCAACUGACAUUGGAAGAAUUCAAGGAGGGGGCCAAAGCAGAUCCGUCUAUUGUGCAUGCUUUGUCAUUGUAUGAAGGUUUAUCGUCGUGA